GACAUAUAAAGCGCACUGAGGAAGGGCUUCUCAACGCAAGUUUGCAGCAAGUUCCUCUCUUUCGUAGAAACGUACUAUGACGCACGUUAUGAUGAAGCCAUCUGGUGCUGUUCUUUGUGUGCUUCUCCUGUGCAUUAUGAGUGUCUCUUCCCAGAACGUACCAGAGAAGUACGAAACGUUGGACAUCAUCGUCGACAAAGAAGCACAGCGCGUCGGCCUAGAAGCUGUUCAAGUGGGUGAAGUUCUGCAUGCCAUUGCGCAUGGUCUUCGCACACGUGCGCAGCACCAGGAAGGUGCAGAAAACCAGAGCCAACACUACUUUCUUGACAAGAUAUUGAAAGCCGUUGGUGAACUUGUCAAAGGGGCUGGGAACGCAGUAAAGGGAGUUGCUGAAGGUGUUGGCAACGCUGUCGGCGCAAUCACCUUUAGCCGCGCCAGCGGGGUGGUCACCACAGAAGCUGCUGAUAUACUUCGCAAAAUUGUUAGUAAAGACCUAAGCUUGUAUGCGACUGAGGACGGCAAGGUACACAAGGACUUUCGCCAACAGAUUGCCAAUGAUUUGAGUCGUGUGGCUGAGUCAUUAAUCCACAAAGGACAAGUGCUCUGUGCUGGCCGUGGCCGCACGCACCUGAACAAAAACGAAGCGAAGUUUGUCCAAAUGGUUGUAGAGCUUUUCUGAAAUAAAAACUGCAACGUAUGUGA